AUGUCUCUCACGGACUCAUCAGCGAUUGACAUCGCAAAAUCUGCGUCCUUGGCCUCGCGUCACCUCGCAACACUGUCUGAAGCAAAUCGCAACGAAGCCCUCGCAGCCCUUCAUGAUGCCCUUUUGGCAAAUAAGGAAGCUAUUCUCGAAGCGAAUGCCAGAGACCUCCAGACAGCGAAACAAUCUGUCGAUGGCGGCAGCCUCAGCCAUAGUGCAUUGAAGCGGCUCGAUUUGUCAAGACCUGGAAAAUACGAGGAUAUGUUGCAGGGAAUUCUAAGUGUUAGGAACCUAAAAGAUCCCAUUGGCAACGUUACAUUAAGGACGCUCCUCGACGAUGGUCUUAUUCUGGAAAAGGUGGCAUGCCCUAUUGGGGUUCUCUUGAUUAUUUUCGAAGCUAGGCCCGAAGUCAUCGCGAACAUUGCUGCCUUGUCGAUAAAAUCAGGGAAUGCUGCGAUACUAAAAGGAGGGAAAGAAUCUACUGAAUCUUUCGUCAUGAUAUCCAAGGCAAUUUCGGAGGCUAUAUCGAAUACCCAGGUGCCGCAGUCGUCCAUCCAACUUGUGAAAACACGAGCAGCUGUUUCCGACCUGUUGGCACAGGACUCGCUUAUCGAUCUCGUUAUACCCCGAGGCUCCAAUGAUCUUGUUCGAUUUGUGAAAGACAACACGAAAAUACCAGUCCUUGGCCAUGCAGACGGCCUCUGCUCCGCAUAUAUUCAUUCAGAUGCUGACCCAGAAAUUGCCGUCAAGGUUAUAGUGGAUUCAAAAACCGACUAUCCUGCCGCUUGCAACUCUUUAGAAACCUUACUCGUACACCAAAGUGUUCUGAAGAGCGUUUUGUUGUUUGUCGCGAAGGGAUUAAUAUCUAAGGGUGUUAUUCUUCGGUGCGAUGAGUCCUCCAAAGCUGCGCUCAUGGAAAGUUUGACCUCUACGGAAACACAGUCGCUUCAGGAUGCUCAUGACUCGGACUUUGGGACCGAGUUUCUUGAUCUUACGCUGGCUGUUAAAACAAUAUCUUCCGACUCGGCUCUCACUAGCGUGGAGGCAGCAAUAGCCCAUAUCAAUUCGCACUCUUCCAAACACACCGAUAUCAUCGUGACGAAGGCAGAGGAUAUCGCAAACAUUUUUAUGAAAGGUGUUGAUAGUGCAGGAGUAUUUUGGAAUGCAUCAACAAGAUUCGCAGACGGAAUGAGGUAUGGAUUUGGCACGGAAGUUGGUAUCAGCACGAAUAAGAUACAUUCUAGGGGACCAGUUGGUUUGGAUGGGUUGACUAUCUAUAAGUAUCUGAUUCGAGGCGAUGGCCACAGAGCUAGCGAUUAUUUUGAUGGGCCCCAAGGCAAAAGGUAUAAGCACCAGAAUUUACAGAUACUGUAG